GCGGCCCGGCCCGGCCUUCUCCCCGCGCUCUCCAAGAUGGCGGUGUCCGGGACGCUGUACACGUACCCCGAGAACUGGCGCGCCUUCAAGGCGCUGAUCGCGGCGCAGUACUCGGGCGCGCGGCUGCGCGUGCUCUCGGCGCCGCCGCUCUUCCGCUUCGGCCACACCAACCGCAGCCCCCAGUUCCUGCAGAAGUUCCCGCUCGGGAAGGUCCCGGCCUUCGAGGGCGACGACGGAUUCUGCGUCUUCGAGAGCAACGCCAUCGCCUACUACGUGAGCACGGAGGAGCUGCGGGGCAGCACGCCCGAGGCCGCGGCGGCCGUGCUGCAGUGGGUGAACUUCGCCGACAGCGACGUCGUCCCCCCGGCCAGCACCUGGGUGUUCCCCACGCUGGGCAUCCUGCACUACAACAAACAGGCCACCGAGGUGGCGAAGGAGGAGGUGCGCCGGGUGCUGGGGGUGCUGGACGGGCACCUGCGAACCCGAACGUUCCUGGUGGGCGAGAGGGUGAGCCUGGCAGACAUCAGCCUGGUCUGCGCCCUGCUCUGGCUCUACAAACAGGUGCUGGACCCCGCGUUCCGCGGCCCCUUCGGCAACGUCACGCGCUGGUUCCUCACCUGCCUCAACCAGCCCCAGUUCAAGGCCGUGCUGGGCGAGGUGCAGCUGUGCCAGCGGAUGGCGCAGUUCGACGCCAAGAAGUUUGCGGAGGGGCAGGCGCGGCGGGAGAAGGAGAAGGAGCCCCCCAGGAAGGGGGAGAAGGAGAAGGAGCCCCCCAGGAAGGGGGAGAAGCCCCCCAAGAGGGAGGAGAGGCGGCCGGAGCCCGAGCAGGACCUGGACGAGUGCGAGCAGGUCCUGGCAGCCGAGCCCAAGGCCAAGGACCCCUUCGCCCACNNNNUCCCCAGUCCGUUUGUCCUGGACGAGUUCAAGCGCAAGUACUCCAACGAGGACACGCUGGCGGUGGCGCUGCCGCACUUCUGGGAGCACUUUGACCGCGAGGGUUGGUCCCUGUGGUACUGCCAGUACCGGUACCCCGAGGAGCUGAGCCAGACCUUCAUGAGCUGCAACCUCAUCACCGGGAUGUUCCAGCGCCUGGACAAGCUGCGCAAGAACGCCUUCGCCUCGGUGGUGCUGUUUGGGAAGGACCACGACAGCAGCAUCUCGGGGGUCUGGGUGCUGCGGGGGCAGGAGCUGGCCUUCACGCUGUGCCCAGACUGGCAGGUGGAUUACGAGUCCUACACC